CUCCCACCCUUUCCCAUCAUCAAAUCAAAAACCCUAAUUCCCAAAUUCUCUCAUUUUUCAAGUUUCAACCAAGAAAAGCAGCAACAAUGUCGGGUCGCGGAAAGGGUGGGAAGGGUUUAGGAAAGGGAGGAGCAAAGAGGCAUCGCAAGGUGCUCCGCGACAAUAUCCAGGGAAUCACGAAGCCCGCGAUUCGGAGACUGGCGAGAAGAGGUGGCGUGAAGAGAAUCAGUGGUUUGAUCUACGAAGAGACCAGGGGCGUGCUCAAGAUCUUUCUCGAGAACGUGAUUCGCGAUGCCGUGACGUACACGGAGCACGCUAGGAGGAAGACAGUGACGGCCAUGGAUGUCGUUUACGCUCUCAAGAGGCAGGGAAGGACUCUCUAUGGUUUCGGAGGCUGAGGGUUUGGCCUUCUUUGGUGGCUUUGGUUUGUGUAAAUGGAAGGAAUUUGUGUUUUGUAGUGAUUAUAUAUGUACUUGGAUUAUCUUCUGCUCGGUACAUGCUCAAGGUUCUUCUGUUUUUUUUUUUUUUAAUUCUACUAGUAAUUGCAUCCUAAUUGUUUUGAAUUGAAGUAAAUUUAGUGAAUGAUGAAUGUUGGAUGUUCUAUUUCUCACAUUUAGUAUUGUUAGUAGUGGUGUGGGAGAGAUAACUUUUAAGUGGGUUGUUAAUGCUAAUAUUAAUUUGUUCCUUUUUUGCUUUCUUA